GAUGAAACUGAUGUUGAGUGAGGACAGUAGCCUUGGUCGGGUUUGAUGACGCAACGACAGCUCAGCGUCAGUGUAGUCGCUUUACGGCAGAGCGUGCUGCUGGAGGUCAGGAGUUUGAAAAGAAGCCUAGCUAGCUAGCCAAGUAGCGAGUCUGUAACGAAAACUUUGUGUUUUCACUGGUACAACUCACUUAGGGUUCAAAAUACACAUUAACAGGACAGCGUAUGUUGGUGUCGGUGAAUCCAGCAGCCCAUCGUUUGUCUUGGAUUUUCAGUAUUGCGACAUAGCUAGCCUUGCUAACGUUAGCCAGAUCGGUUUGGCUAGCAGCUCCCUGCUAGCUCCAGUGCUUGACCCCUCGGAUCUUUUACAGCCAUGGACAACUCGCAAGGAUCGGGAGGAGUGAAAGGAGGUAUCGGGGGUCUCUUUGGAGGCGGUGCACCUGAAUACUCCAACACAGAGCUCGCCGGUGUUCCCUUGACUGGAAUGAGUCCUCUGUCCCCUUACCUCAAUGUCGACCCUCGUUACCUGAUUCAGGACACAGACGAGUUCAUUCUACCCACAGGUGCCGAGAAAACAAGAGGGAGAUUUGAACUGGCUUUCUUUACUAUUGGAGGAUCCUGCAUGACUGGAGCAGCACUUGGAGCUGUAAAUGGUCUCAGGUUGAGCCUGAAGGAGACUAGAGACAUGGGAUGGUCCAAACCUCGUAAUGUGCAGAUUCUCAACAUGGUGACCAGACAGGGUGCUUCAUGGGCUAACUCUUUAGGCUCAGUAGCCUUGUUAUAUAGUGUUUUUGGUGUAGCAAUAGAGAAGGCCAGAGGAGCAGAAGAUGACAUCAACACAAUGGCUGCUGGGACGCUAACGGGGAUGCUUUUCAAAUCAGCCAGUGGCCUAAAGGGUGUGGCCCGAGGAGGUCUGGCUGGUUUAGCCUUGUCUGGUGCCUACGCUCUUUACAACAACUGGGACCACCUCACCGGCUCCUCAUCCUCCUCCAGACUAUACUAACUCUCUCCCACACACAUCUGCUUCUACAUUAGGGCCAAAUAACUCCCCAGGACACAGCCUUUAACCACAGCGCUAAGAGGAAUUAGACUCUGGUCAAAUGCAGUGUGCUUUUCAGGGAAGUGUGGGUUGGUCCCAGUUCAAUGGUUCCCCCCCAUAGUCCCUUUCCUUUCCAGGAGCAUUCUGGGGUAAAAAAAAAAAGGAGAUUGGACUAAAUUCCACUGGGAGUCCAGAUGUAGACCGUCCUACAACACUCUCUUCAUUUGUUUUUUAUCCUCUGAGGUGUUCCUCUCACUGAUAUGAUCAGUAAUGAGAAGACCCUGUGAGGAUGUUUUAUAGAGGUGUGUCAUUUGUUAUGUCAUUGUUUAUGGGAGGCUUAUUAGUCUUCAUUGAUGCUUGUUCUGAAAUCAAUGAACCCAUGAUAUUUGGGUUAAAAGAGCCAAUGUGUAAAAUGACUUGUGACAUCUGUUGUGUGGUUCACCAGAUGAACGGCAGUGGAUUCAUGUACUGCUUCUGGACUGAAAGACUCUUCUGUAGUAGAAGAGCAAAGAGAUUUUCAACUAUGAUCUACAAAUGCAGAACUAAGCCUUACGGUUCUACUCUAUGUAUUUAUUGAAGUGUAUAAGCAGUGGUCUCUGUUUUAAUGUGCAAGAAGAAAUCACUGUAAAGCUGUCUGUGUCUCCACCAUACUCUCUGUAUUAAAUUCUAUAUUAAAGGAAAUGGGAAAUGUUGA